AUGUUUAACUUGAUGGACCUUUCUGCAGUGGUCAAUACGUCAAAGCCAAACAAACUUGCUGCCACUUUCCGCCAGUAUGGUGGUACAGGCUGGAAGCUGAACUUGACCCAGGGGAAGCAGAAAGAUAAGAUGCUUAGCUUCUCGAAGUUCUUUUAUGACCCAUCUACGUCGCAGUUGAGUGGGGAGGAUGCCCUUAUCCUUGAGGUUGUUUUGGCUGGAACAUAUGACCAUCUUGUCAAGAGUGCGAGGCUCUGGCUGAGGGAAGACAGGAUGUACAAAGAGUACUCCUUGUGGAACUUACAGACGGGGGAUGAAGAAACGUUGAUUCAGGGUUCAUUGAUUGAACACACGCCACCCCCACUCGCGCUCCAAUUAAGUGACCUUCUCGAAGUCGAGUCGCAUGACGAUAGGGACAUCGUGCUGGACUGGGAGACUUUUCACCGGAAACUGAAGAGGGACUUACUCCGGAUGGCGGUCUGGAGAUCUGAGGAGAUGCCAAACAGACCAGCUGUCGUCAAUGACGAAGAUGCGAUUUUUGAAAACUCUUCCAAUCCGCAUUCAAACAUGGACUCCAGUUACUACCCUGCUAGUUAA